GUGUGGUGGAAAGUGUUUGCAUUUUAAUGACAAACCACAAAAGCUUAACCAUACUGACUGAAACAUAGAGACACAAUUUUUUUGUGUGCUUUUUACAGAAGGUUACGUGUUGUCGGUGUUACCCACAUCCAUUUACAUGAAUUUUCCAUUUUGAGCUUGUGGAGGGUUUCAAAACUGUUCUGACGUUCUAAGCUCAGAGAAAAGGAGAGUCUUCUGUGCUCAGUGGCGAUGGUGUUUAACUGCAGCGUGGUGCCAAAUGGACCUGAACCGGGCCUUAGUAUUUUCCAGCGUGUGGCCUACACACUCGUGUUCAUUUUAGGCCUCAUCCUGAAUACCUCAGCCUUGUGGUGCUUCACGCGCACCCGCCAGUGGACGGACAUUCACAUCUACAUGCUCAACCUCCUGCUCGCAGACCUCUUACUGACCCUUUUCCUGCCCUUCCGCAUAUUCGAGACCUACUGCCCUAUGAGUCCAACGCAAUUCUGUACGUUCUUGAUAUGUGUGCAUUACACCAACAUGUACGCUAGCGUCUUUACCAUCACAGCCAUCAGCAUCCAUCGUUACAUAGCUGUCAAGUUCCCCAUGCAGAACAAAACCUCAGGCAUGUCAAAGGGCAGGAGAAGAAAGAUAACGAGUGGCACAUGUGCUUUCAUCUGGCUCUUAGUCAUAACACUUUGCAUAACUUUCAGGAAAAAUAUGUAUCCAGAGAAGCUAAAGACAUGCUAUGAGCGCAAGGGAGAUAUUAGAAUGAGACUUGAGUUCCUAUUGGUUCUGGAGAUUCUUGGGUAUCUUGUGCCGAUAGUCACCAUCACGACUUGUUCAAUACAAGCAAUCUGGACAGUUCUAAAGUCGAUAAAGGAUAUCCAACAGCACACAGAGGAGGAAACUAUCGACAAAAGGAAAAGCAUCAUGGCCAUAAUCACAGCAAACAUGAUUGUUUUCAUUGUGUGCUUUACCCCGAUCCAUGCUGGUUAUUUGCUGAGAUACAUUUAUGACGACAACUGUAGAUUCGUUCAUAUCUUUUAUGAUGUCUCUGAAUGGUUAGCAACAACAAAUUGUUGCCUGGAUUCUAUAGGAUAUUACUUUUUGUUGAAAAAAGUUUUCAGAGACAAGAAGUAGCAUAUGAGCCUAGCUUGCUAAUAAUAAUAUUAGUGCUAAUUGCUAAUAUUAAUAAUAAUAUUAUAAUAAUAAAGCUUGCAACUUUCUAAUACUCAAGGUCUCAUUACAAAAAAUAGACUAGAUUAAUAGGAAAAGACUAGCAGGAAGAAGAAAGGGAAAACUGUUGGGAGUAAAGGUAAGUUUUAAAUUGAUUCUUGAUUAUUGAUUUGCAUGAAAUGAUGAAAGUAUGAACCAGGUUUCCAGUAUCUUUCUUUCCAAGUAAGGGUUGAACGAGGGUCAGACUUCAGGAGAUAAUAAAAAGAAAUUUUUUUUUUAUCAGAUAAUAAGGAAGGAAAUGACAAUUCAAGUCUUUAAUCUGACAUUUACCCACAAGUAGAUGUGCAAAUGUGAGGUAUAUCAAAUGCAAAUCUAGUGCUCACUUUCUUUAACAAGAAUAUCAGACAGAUCAGACUUUGUUUUCACUUAAAAAUCACAUACAGUACAUUUCAUAUGUCAUCAUAAUUUAUUCACUUUUGACUGUAACUUUUUCCAUAAGGGUUGGUUACAAAACAAAUAUUGUUGUGUUGUAUAUUGUUAAGCUCUAAGGUGGAGAUUAAAAAGAGGAAGAAACGGAUUGCUUUCAUUUCUUUAAACUGGGUUAUUACGAAUGUAGCACGCCAGCCAUGUAAACUAUUUUUUAUCCACAGGUUCAUAUUGACCUGGUUUACAUACCAUAUACAACUAUUUGCCAAGGCAAAAAUGAGCUGUACCAGACCAUAUUAGAGGAAACUGUGUAGCAUGUCACCAUGUCUGUGGUAAUCGAGUGUGCGAGUACCUCUUUGUAGGUUAGCUGUUGUUGCUCUUAGAUGAUUCUGUUUCACAGUAAUAUCAGUUACAUUUGACAGGGCAGAUCUAGCAGGGCAGAAAUGUCAUGAACUGGCAAAUGUGACAGUUUAAUUUCAUUUAAAUUCACUGAGCUCUUCAGUACCACCCUUUCUAUUGCCAAUGGUUGUUGCAUGGCUAUUUGCUUGAUUUUAUGUACCUGUUAGUGGCUGGAACACUUGAGCUCAAUCAUUAGGAGGGGUGUCCACAUACUUUUGGUCCUGUAAUGUAUAUUUAAUGUUAAUGAACACGUAGUUUCCUUUUCAGUUCACUAGAAAUUCAUUAAAUUAUUUUUAAUGUUUGUAUUGUGCUAUCUAAUAAAGACAUAACACAUAAUAUAUAAUAUA